GAAACUUACAAUAAAACAUAUAAAUGCAGAGGGGGGUGUCAGGCUCUAGAAUAGGACUCUAUUUAGAAUUAAACGAGCCUUGCAAUGGGACACUGUAUCAGGAGGAGGAGGUGUGUAUACCGGGAGAAUCCCAGGCAGGCUGUCCGGGAGGAAACAGUCGAGUCAACAAUCCGUACAGCAUCCACUGUACCGCAGUGUCUUCCUGCCGCCCUAUCCGACACAGAGAGCUGCAGUACUGCAAAGUGCGAGGAGAGAGAGGGAGAGAAAGAGAGAGGAGGGGAGGAGGGGUACCGCACUGUCGUUACGAGUCCAAGUGGAGGAGGCAGGAGGAGAGACGCAUUAUUGCAGUAGCCUACAGAGCCACAGCACUUUGCACAAAGACGCACCACCGGAGAGAAAGAGAGGAGGGGGUGACAGAAAUCAAAAAAGAGAGAGAGAGACAGACAGCUGGUUUCUCAUGACUGGACUUUUUUUUUCUUAACCCCACCUUUAUUUUGAAAUUGCACGCAUUUACCAGAAGCUUUUUUUAGGAGAAGCGACUAAAAAAAAAGCAGCCAAGCAGCGCUGCGUUCCUGGAGCAUCUCUCUUGAAGGAGCAGGAAUCUAAACAUCCGUGGAUCCCCCCAUUGGAUUGGAUUAUAAUUCUUAAGUUAUUUUUUCUUCUCUUCGCUCUGCUUCACUUCCUGUUAUCCGGUGAAUUAUCACCGACUCGUUUACGUGCAUCGGUAUUGCGGUACUUUGCUGACGACUUGCAGUAGCCUAUAAAUGCCUAGCUGAGAGAUUGGCUCCACUGCGCCAAGACCGCCGCAUCUGAUUACAGCGAGCAAGACCCUCCCUCUCCUGCCUCACAGCGCGUCACCCCUCCUCCUCCUCCGCUGCUGCCCGUGAGUCACUUCAAACAGCUGCAUAGAAGAUGUCUGCCCCCGAUGCUGCAGCCGGAGCCCCUGGUGCUCCAGGAGCCCCCGGUGCAGAUGGAGCCCCUGGCGGCGCACCUCCAGGCCCACCUAAUACCUCAAGCAACCGCAGGCUACAGCAGACACAGGCCCAAGUUGAAGAGGUGGUGGAUAUCAUGCGGGUGAACGUGGACAAGGUUUUGGAAAGGGACCAGAAGCUCUCAGAGCUGGAUGACAGAGCGGAUGCUCUCCAAGCUGGAGCCUCCCAGUUUGAAAGCUGCGCAGCCAAGCUAAAGAACAAGUACUGGUGGAAGAACUGCAAGAUGAUGAUCAUGAUGGGCAUCAUUGGAGUCAUUGUGGUUGGAAUCAUAUUCUUGUACUUCUUCUACUGAGCUCAGCCCAUCAAUACAGAUGGAUAUGGACUUAGGAACGAUAUGAGAGGGGGAGAGAAAAAAAAAGAAAUCUAAACGCCCCCCUUUAUCCUUCCUCCCUUCACACAGUCUUCCAUCAAACCAUCCUGCACUUAAACAUGACAGUAGUGUCUCUAGGUGUCUCUGCUCUCUUUGUCCCUCCCUUCUCGUCGCUUUCUUCCGCCGUUUUGGUCUCACUCCCUCUCUCCUGUCUCUGCACCUCAUGUAUUACUGAAGGACGCAGUAGGCCGGGUGAAAGAGGGAGAAAGAGAUGGAAGGAGGGAGAGAGAAAAUUCUUGUGACACAGGAACACACAGGGCUGAAUAAAGCUAUAGGGGGAAAUGUACAAUGUACAGAUGGUGAAUGUGUGCAGCGGGAAAAAAAACAAGAGUUGGCAGUCCUUUUUACCCCAGAUACGCCAAAGCUUGUCCAUGUUACCUGUUUUGAGAGUCCUACAUUUGUAAAUUGAUACUUACAUCCCUAACUAACACUCCUCCUGCCACAACUGCUAGCAUCUUUGCUAAUUACUAACAAAAAUUCAUGUUAGAUUAAGAUUAUGGACAUUUUGUUGUGUGUGCGUGUGUGUAUGUGUGUGUAUUUGUGGUUGAAUCAUCAUUGCUAAAGGCUUUUAUUAAGUUAAGCGGACCAUCUUUCAUUGUAGCCUCUUUGAUUUUUCCUGCCAGACUCUCCUUUUGUUAGUCGUUUUCAGUAAAAUGAGAGACACAAUAUCAAACUUGGAAAGAAACAGUGUGAGACUUUAAGGGAAGAAAAUGGCAUUUCAGGGCAAGGUAGUUCAGAGUAUAGCAACAUUUUAUUCCUGUAAAAAUUUUGAAAAACAAAAUCCUUGACUGAUACGAAUUCUUGAUAAAGUAGUAGUAUAACUAUGCUUUAUUUUGGCAUAGUAUCAUGCACAGUAAGACAAGCAGGCACCAACAGACAAUCUAGUGUAUUCACGAGGAAGAGAGAAAGGUCUGAUGUUAACAGAAUCACAGCCAUAGACAGAUGAAUGUGGAGCGUCACAUUUUCAACAGGUUUAAACGCCAACUUGUUUAAAAAGUUGUGCAGACUAAGCAUUUCUUUGUUUGUUGUUUAAGUUGACUUGAUCUAAAAAGAAAGGAACAGGAGAUGGACAUGGUUAAAGAAACCCAGAGCCUCCCUUACAUCAAAACAGACUUGCCCGUCACCUGCAGUCAUGUAAACGGCCAAAAUGAGGUGUUUGUUUCUAACUUGCAUGGCAAACGGUGUCCAUAGUUUUGCCUCUUUGUGUGACCUGUGUAUCUGCCAUUUCUGAAUCUAACUGCCGAUUGUACAUUUUUUUUGUUAGUGGUCUAAAGGGCCUGUGUAUAAUGUCUUUCUGAUCUAAUGAUUUCUGCUUAUGCAAUGCAAUGAUGCUCAAGAGUUUGCCAAAUUUUGUUGAAUUUACUUGCUUUUGAGAGAAAAUAAUAUUCAGAGACUGCGAACAACUGCUACUAUAGUGAACUGUUAAAACAAUGUAGUAUUGUAUGGAUAGAACAAUAGUUACAUCUGUCAGAUUAUGCUCCUGAAAAAGUGUUUAUAAAUUCUUUCAGAGUUUUGGGGAAGGUGUUGUACUCAAAGAUUUUCUUCUCUUAGAAUUGACUAUGAGUUGUUAAAAUUAAGAAAGCAACCUUAAAUGCAAAAAGGCAUUGAUGCAUAAUUGUAGCAGUUAGCCAUAAUUACCUGAUGAUACUGUGCAACAUCAUCAGGUAAUUAGCAGACAUACUGAGAUAUGAGAUCGUGUUUUGUGAUUUACAACCUGAAAAUGCAUAGAGAGAUGCAACUGGAUUUGCGAAAACAAAUGCAUGCUUAACACUUUUGCUGAUGCAAAUAAACAAAUCACCAACC